AGAAAAAUGGACCCCGAGGAAGCCCUAGCAGGGCAGAAGCAAAUUUUCUUCUCCACAACAGCCAGAACCACUGCAAGAAAUAAACCAAUCUUGCUGAGUUCUCUUUAGCUUUCAGACAGGGAGGGCAGGGAACAGCCCAAGGGCAGGGCCAGCUCUAAAAGCCUCCCUAGAGGACUUGUGCCCCCAUCCAUCUCCCUGCCUCUAUCCAGCUCCUCCCCUCUGCCCUCGCGGUGCUGCUCAGCAUCAGCACCCGACACAGAUUAACCAGCGCUCUCCAGCGACGGUACCGCGCCGGGACCGCUCCCGCUCCACGCCUGGGGGAUUCCACAACACGGGACGAGGCAGCUUCCCUCCAGCCUGCGACAGCGACCCACGCAGCUCUGCUGAGACCACAUGGCCACUGCAGGAAAAGUUAUCCGGUGCAGGGCUGCUGUUGCCUGGGCCCCCGGCAAACCUCUCUCUGUUGAGGAGGUGGAAGUUGCACCGCCAAAGGCAGGGGAAGUCCGYAUCAAGAUUGUGGCCACUGGCAUCUGUAGCACAGAUGACCACCUUCGACAAGGCUGCUUUCCUGAUGCAGAAUUCCCAGUUAUCCCCGGCCACGAAGGAGCUGGAAUUGUGGAAAGCGUUGGAGAAGGAGUGACCUCUAUGAAACCAGGGGACAAAGUCAUCCCACUUUGUGUCCCUCAGUGUGGGAAGUGCAGCUUCUGCCUGAAUCCUGAAUCCAACUUUUGCCAGAAGGCCACUUUCUCUGAACCACAAAACCUGCUGCCAGACAAGACCAGCCGCUUCUCUUGCAAAGGGAAGCAGAUCCACCACUUCCUGUGGGUCAGCACCUUUGCAGAAUACACCGUGGUCCCAGA